AUGGACGCUCAGAGAGCUCUCCUCGACGAACUCAUGGGUUCAGCACGAAACUUGACGGAGGAAGAGAGAAGGGGGUACAAGGAAGUUAGCUGGGACGAUAGAGAAGUAUGUGGAUUCUAUAUGGUCAGGUUUUGUCCUCACGAUCUCUUCGUCAACACGCGUAGUGAUCUCGGACCUUGCCCAAAAAUACAUGACCCUAAGUUGAAAGAAAGUUUUGAAAAUUCCCCAAGACAUGAUGCCUAUGUACCCAAAUUUGAAGCCGAACUUUCUCAAUUUUGUGAGAAAUUGGUGAUGGACCUGGAUAGAAGAGUAAAACGUGGCCGGGAACGUCUUAAUCAAGAGGUGGAGCUACCACCGCCGCCACCACUGACAGCUGAAAAAUCUGAACAGCUAUCUGUGCUGGAGGAGAAAAUAAAGAACCUUCUGGAACAAGUUGAAUCUCUUGGUGAAGCUGGGAAGGUUGAUGAAGCUGAAGCUCUAAUGCGAAAGGUGGAGACACUUAAUACUGAGAAGGCAGUCUUGACACAGCCUCAAAAUGAAAAAGUGUUAAUGCUUCAGGAGAAGAAAAUGGCACUCUGUGAGGUAUGCGGUUCUUUUCUUGUGGCAAAUGAUGCUGCAGAAAGAACUCAGUCUCAUGUCGCAGGAAAGCAGCAUGUUGGCUAUGGCAUGGUUCGUGAUUUCAUAAAUGAAUACAAAACUGCUAAGGAAAAGGCUAUUGAAGAAGAAAGAUUGGCUCGGGAAAAAGAGAUAGAAGAGCGAAGAAAGCAAAAGGAGAAGGAUAAUGAGAGAAAGAGACGGAGUGAUUCAAGUGAUAGGGAGAAAUAUCGUGAUAAAGAUCGAGACAGGGAGCGUGAUCGGUACAGAGAUAGAGACUCAGAACAUGAAAGAUCUCGGGAAUAUGAAGUUAGAGGUAAUCGAGAUCGGGGAAGGGGGAUGGAUUCUAGGUCGAGGAAUGGAAAAAAUGGGGGUAGAGACAGGUACCGCAAUCGGAGCAGAUCACGUUCCCCUAUAAGGCAUAACUACAGAAGGUCUUGA